GGUUCCGCAGCUACGGCGCUAGUGUUACGAUAUUUGCAUAAUAAUUAUUAUGAUUUACGAAUUAGUUCUAUGAAAAUCCGCGGGAGUUCAUUCGUAGCGCUCAGUAGCAAACAUGGGGAUUUUGGAAAAAAUAUCUGAGAUUGAAAAGGAAAUAGCGAGGACUCAAAAAAAUAAAGCUACUGAAUACCACUUGGGGUUGCUGAAGGCGAAGCUUGCGAAGUACCGGUCCCAGCUGCUGGAGCCGUCGAAGAAGAGCGAGAAGGGCGAGGGGUUUGAUGUGCUCAAGUCCGGAGAUGCUAGAGUGGCACUUAUAGGCUUCCCCUCCGUUGGUAAGUCGACCCUGCUCUCGACGCUGACGCACACGCACUCGGAGGCUGCGAGCUAUGAGUUUACGACCCUCACCUGCAUCCCGGGAGUGAUCGAGUACCGCGGGGCCAACAUACAGCUGCUUGACUUGCCCGGUAUCAUUGAAGGAGCCGCGCAGGGCAAGGGUAGAGGACGACAGGUGAUAGCUGUGGCGCGCACAGCGGACUUGGUGCUGAUGAUGCUGGACGCCACCAAGCCAUACGUGCACCGGCAGCUGCUGGAGAAGGAGCUGGAGAGCGUCGGCAUCCGGCUCAACAAGCCCAAGCCAAAUAUAUACUUCAAGGUAAAGAAAGGCGGCGGUCUGUCGUUCAACUCGACGUGUCAGCUAACCAAGGUGGACGAGAAGAUGGUUCAGAUGAUCCUGCACGAGUACAAGAUAUUCAAUGCUGAGGUGUUGUUCCGGGAGGACUGCUCCGCGGACGACCUGAUCGACGUGAUCCUGGGCAACCGCGUGUACCUGCCCUGCCUGUACGUGUACAACAAGAUCGACCAGAUCUCGCUGCAGGAGGUGGACCGCAUCGCGCGCGAGCCGCACUCGGUCGUCGUCAGUUGCAACAUGAAGCUAAACCUGGAUUAUCUGCUGGAGACGCUGUGGGAGUACCUGUCCCUCAUCCGGGUGUACACGAAGAAGCCCGGGCAGCCGCCGGACUUCGACGACGGACUCAUCCUCAGGAAGGGUGUGUCAGUAGAGCACGUAUGCCACGCGAUCCACAGAACUCUAGCAGCCCAGUUGAAAUACGCGCUAGUAUGGGGCACUAGUACCAAAUACUCGCCGCAGCGAGUGGGCAUCAACCACGUGGUACACGACGAGGACGUGGUGCAGCUCAUCAAGAAGUAAGCCCCGACUAAAGCCGCCAAGCCGCCCGCCAAGCGCAAGCCGCGGCUCCCAAGCCGCUAAGCGUCUUUGCAUUUGUCUCCACGGAACAGAAAAAAAAGACUGGAAAGGCCAAGAAAGUUUGACCAUUGUUUUAGGUUUACGCGGUUAUUAUCAUAAUUAAAACACAAUAACGGGUUAUACAUUGUUUUAAGUUUACGCGGCUAUUAUCGUAAUUAAAGCACAUAAUAACGGGUUCUUACCGCGUUUAAAUGGGGAUAUGAGACUCCCGAUAUUUCGAUACUGUUGCAAGUGCCAUGAUCACGGGAUGACUAGGAGUCUCAUAACCCCAUUUAAAACGCGGUAAGAACCCGUUAUUAUGUGCUUUAAUUACCAUAACGGGUUCUUACAUACAUACAUACAUAAACUCACGCCCGUAAUCCCUAAUGGGGUGGGCAGAGCCACAAGUAAUCAAAGACAACUUCAACUUCAAGACGACAAGACCGCGUUUAAAUAAAAAAAUAAUCGGGAGUCUCAUAUCCCUGAUUUAAACGCGGUAUGCGGAACGACCUCCGUGGUCCAGUGGUUGAGUGUUGGGCUCACGAUCCGAAGGUCCCGGGUUCGAUACCCGGUGGGGAUAUAUCACAAAAAUUACUUUGUGAUCCCUAGUUUGGUUAGGGCAUUACAGGCUAUACACGAACCUGAUUGUCCGAAAGUAAGAUGAUCCGUGCUUCGGAAGGCACGUUAAGCCGUUGGUCCCGGUUACUACUUACUUAUGUAAGUAAGUAGUCGUUACAUGAGCCAUGUCAAGGGCCUUUGGCGGCUCAAUAGUAACCCUGACACCAGGGUUGAUGACCCACCUCACAACCCACACGAUAGAAGAAGAAGAACGCGGUAAGAACCCGUUAUUAUGUGUUUUAAUUAUAAAGUUUGACCUAAUAGUUUAACUGUUCAACCUUGCACUCCACACGUCCGCUAACGACGCGCUCUGUGAGUCAAAUAAACAGGGUGUCAGUGACAUCGUAACGAAAACUUUAAAGAUGAUUCAGAUCUUUAUUCUGAGUUAUCAAGUGAAACUUUCCAUCGCAAAAGUAUGGAACUGAAAAUAAUUUAAUAAAACAUUUAAUUUUUUUUAUGACUUUUCCGACAGGAAAUUCCGCUUGAUAUUAACUCAGAAUCAUGGUCUGAAUCUUCUCCCUCAGUAUUCGUUACGAUGUCACAAACACCCUGUAUAUUUAAAAAGUCGUCUUAUGUACAGUGAAACCUGGUUAAGUGAGACAUCAAGGGACCUGCAAUGUCGUUUCACUUAUAGAGGUAUUCCACUUACCCAGUGUCUCAGAUAUACAGGUAUUAAAUAAAUAUCUGUCUCAUUUACAGAGGGUUCCAUUAAUAGAGGUGAGAAUACAGGUUAUUUCAGUUAUACAGGUGCGAUCAUCAAAUAAAAUAACGUGUUAUGUAUUUUCCAAAUAAACAUCUAAAAGCAUAUAAAAUUUACUCGCUGUCUCAGUUAUAGAGGUAACUAUGAUGAUAAAUCGAAAGAACGAAUCCCAGAUAUAGAGGCUUACCUCGUCCCACUAACAGAGGUAAUUCAGUGCCAAAGUGUUGGGACCUCAGCAUGAGUUCCAGUUAUGGAGGUUUCUCACUUAUCCAGGUCCCACUUAACCAAGUUUCACUGUAUUAUAACCUGCAGGGUAAGUAGUUAAAUAUCGACCCUCAUCCAAGAAAAUCCCUCCUUAGUAGGUACAGGAAAGUUAAAAAUCCUAUGAUCGACUAUUUAUCAAUAUGUUACUUUUGUAUGCAGUAUCUUACGAAAAGUAAAGAUAAAAUUGCAGUCUAUCACAUAAAAAAAUACACGGUCGAAUUGAGCACCUCCUCCUUUUUUGAAGUCGGUAAAAAUAUACAUUGCCGGUAAAGUGGCUUUGGAAUUUGAGAAGCAGUAGAGCUAUCGUAGUUAUCUGUUUGCAGGAGUAGUAGUAAAAGAGAGUGGGGUUGAACCGGCGACAGCGGUUCUCAUACAAAGUGCGCACUUUGUAUUACGGCCUUUCCAAUCAUUUUCUUCUAUUCCAUGUUUGUCUCGCAGGUUUUUGAUUGAUAUGACAAUGCCGACAAUACUAAGUUAUUAAUAAGGUUAAUAUUAAACUCAUAUUUAUCAUUGUUUUAAUGAAUUGUACACAUUUCGAAAUGACUGUGUUGAGAGACGUUUGCAAAGUUUGCAUAGGACACAAUAGAAGCGUACGUGCGUGCGUGCGUACGUAUUUGUUAUGUUAUGUUAAGCGCGGGAUUAUUUGUAACCGUAAAAUUGGCUACUUGACAGUUGUAACAAUAAAAUAUGACAUAUGGCGGAUAGUAGUGUGGAAUAGGGCAUGAAGGAAACGAUUAUUAUUUCUUUAACUUUGUGUAUUUAAAAACGUUUUAUAAUCUUCUACGUUUUCCUAUUUAAAAACAACCGUCCGCCAUUUCCCUGUUAUUCCGCAAUUCUCUCUUCUGUCUCGCUCACUCCUCGCUCUCUCAUUCGCACACCUUCACGUUACGUUUCAUUCAGCCUACCAUUCCUAGUAUUUUUUUUUUUUACAAAAUACAAGACCCGAAACACGGGCGGCCAUGGUUGAGCUUCGUGAAACGUCACAUAUAAUAAAAUAAACUAUCUGUCAGGUUUCAAGUUUGACAGUUUUUUGUUUGUUGAACUGUGACGUCACUAGAAAAAUGUCAUGUGACCAACCGUUUACGCGCGAAAUUUAAAAUAAUUGAAGAAAAAUAUGUUUUUUCUAUUAUACAAAGCUUUUUUGAGAUAAUAAAAUAUUUUAAGAGAGGUAAAAUAAGCAAUUAUAUUUAUUAAAAUCCUUAUGCGAAGACUGUUAAGAAGCCAAUUAUCUUUUAGGCGUUGUAAGUAAAAACUCGAACCGAAGCUAUGUAAAAUGUGCGUAUUCCUUUCGUUGUGUCGAACCUCGCAGUGUUCCACGAGCGACUCCAUUGGGUAGUUCCCAUUUCCUUAAUAUACGUUAGUGCUAAAGAGACAUAUCUCUCGUUUCUUUCGCACUGGGUGAUAUAAUAUAUCUCUGUCCUAUUCUCCUAAUCAUGAUAUGUUUUAAGUUUUAAUAAUUGUCAAAGCACGAGAUUACUAUUGGAAAUUGUAUAAAAUCGUAUACCGUGACGUCAUAGAAAAAAUCGUGAUAUAAUAUCGGACUUGAAUUAAAUAGACAAAGAUAAUAUGUUUUUUACAACCAACAGUCAUGUUUAUGUAUGAGUGAAAGCUUACAACGCCAGCAUUACCAACAUAAUGAAGUAUGUUCCCCGGCUAGACGGCUUAAGUAAUGUUGUUGCGAUGUAUUUGUACAGUUAAGCCUAUAUUGUAUAUACUCAAGUAUACUUUUGCAUUGGAAUAAACUUUAAAAAUGCAUAA